GAGAGUUAGAGAGAGAAAAUCUGGAGAAAUCAUCAAUCAUCUGAUCAAAUGCUGCUGUCUGCAUUUCCUCCACACACACCACUCCCCGCAGCCCACUCCAAUUACUGUUUUGCCCCUACCUUCGCCCCUAAUUACAACAAACCCCAGCACCACUCCCCCUGCUCCUGCCGCGCCACCACCGCCGCCUCCGCGCAGCGCCCCCUCCCCCUCGCCUCCACCGCCCUUGGCCAGGUCAGCUUCACAUCCGACGACGAUGCCUGCGAGGACGCCAUGGUCUCCUCCGCCGCCGCCAUCGCCGCCGCCCUGCGCGACGCCUCCACCACUCCCGUCGAAUUCGUGCACCGGAUUGAGAAAGGCGGAGACGCCAAGGGCAAAGCUAUGGUGCUGCCGAGCCAGGAUUUCCAGCGGCUCUGCCUCGAGCAGCUCGACCUCUUCCGCCGCAUCGUCCAUCCCGACGCCCUUCUAUCGGUGUACGUAAGGCCAGCUGGUAGUUAUGUCAUGGAUCGGUUGGAGCUGCGGCGCAUUACUUUCUAUCCAUGUGCCAGUGCAGCUGAUAUUGUAGUUCUAGUUGGUACCUUCCGUAUACCAGCAGGAUUAAGAGUCGCAGAAGCUGCCAUUUCAAGUCAACAGGCAGAAUUUCUUCCUGAGCUCGGUGCUGUAGUCUUCCCAAUGGUAAGGCAUCCAUUUGUUGUGGGCUUCUUAGUUGCUGAACUUCCAAAGAUGGCUUUAGAAAGAGAAUGGGAUGAUCAAACCGACCGUACAUUCUCUGGGAAAUCCUUUCCGUUACCGCAGAGAUUGGACUCCCAACCAUUAGAUGUACAAACUUUGAAGGAUCACUCGGUUGGCAAGUUAAAGUUUUCCGCAGAACAAAAAAUUAAUGCAAUACACAUCACCCGUUCUCUUGCCAUGGCUUAUGUCAUGGAUCAGAAAGCUAUGCUACUGCAGCAAUCAUCAUGGCAAAAUAAUAUUACGAUGAAUAAUUUAGCGGAGCAGAUUCGAAGUUCUCUUUCAAGCAUUCGCACAUUGAGCAAGAUGUUGUCUGUUCAGUUGAAAAGGAGUGAGAUUUCGUAUGAUAUAGUUGAAGACAUUUUAGUUCAAGGAGAUUACAUGAAUGAUACACUUCAGAAGCUGCAGGAUGCCGUCUACUUGACAAAGGCUAAUAUACUGCGAUAUAACAAAGGAACACAGAAGCAGAUGCAACAGUCAUCUGACGUAGAUCCAGAAACGAGUUCUAGGAUAUCCAAUAUGCAAGAAUCUACUGGACAGUUGUCUCUUAUUUCUGCUUCCAAAGAUUCAGAAUUUCCCAUGCCACCUCUUGCUCUUGCACCUUCACGACUACAGGAAAUUAGACCAUGUGAAGUUUCUGAUGUUCUGCAAGAUUUAGUCGGUGCCAUAAGACCUCUAGCGCAUAAUCAGGAACGGGUUGUGGAACUAUGUGAUCUUUCAGUGUCACUGAAGGUUGUGGUCGAGGAACCUGCUUUACGUCAAGCUUUGAGCAAUUUAAUUGAAGGAGCUUUGCUGCGAACAGAGGUUGGGGGCCGAAUUGAAAUUCUCUCCACCGAAGCACCAGCUGGCGGUGCUCUCAUAAUCAUAGACGAUGAUGGGCCAGACAUGCAGUAUAUGACACAAAUGCAUUCACUUACACCAUUUGGGGGUGAUCUCUACGGUGAAGAUAGGAUGGAGGACAACAUGACGUGGAAUUUCAUUGCUGGGCUGACUGUUGCGCGAGAGAUUCUGGAAAGCUACGGGUGUGUUGUCCGAGUGCUCUCUCCCAGAAACACCGAUGCAGCCCUUGGAGCAGGCGGAACCCGUAUAGAGAUCUGGCUUCCCUCCUUCCCUGCCUCGCCCUCCGACACAAGUAACUCUGCUCGGGAGGCGUAGGGAACUCGCUUCGUGUACCAGUACGCACUGUAUACAUAUAGUUGUAGCAUUCAGUUUUAGAAAAAAGAUCAUAUUAUUGGCUCUGCCUGUUUAUCUGUAGAUAUGCGUGUGACAUUAUUAUUCAGGCGGUAGCUCCAUCAACCUCUCCUCACGAGGCACAAAAUGUUGUACCAUUUGACUCUGUAAUUAGGUGAUGUAUUAAUACAACUAGUAUCACGCCUCUGCGAUGCACAGAUUAAUAUAUUUUUAAAAUAUUAAUUUUUAA